GUCUCUGAAAAUGGCGGAAGCUCAUCAGGCAGUAGCUUUUCAGUUUACGGUAACUCCAGAUGGGAUUGACCUGCGUAUGAGCCAUGAGGCACUCAAACAGAUUUACCUGUCUGGUGUCUAUUCAUGGAAGAAGAAGUUCAUCAGAUUCAAGAAUGGAAUUAUCACCGGUGUUUACCCUGCUAGCCCAUCUAGCUGGCUUAUUGUAGUUGUGGGUGUGAUGUCAACCAUGUAUGCUAAAAUUGAUCCUUCCUUAGGGAUAAUAGCCAAGAUCAACAGAACACUUGAUACAACUGGCUAUAUGUCAAACCAAACACAGAACAUUGUGAGUGGAGUACUUUUUGGCACAGGGCUUUGGGUUGCCCUUAUUGUCACAAUGCGCUACUCCCUGAAAAUGCUGCUCUCCUACCAUGGCUGGAUGUUCUCUGAGCAUGGCAAGCUUAGUGCUGGCACCAAGUUUUGGAUGACCCUUGUAAAACUUUUCUCAGGACGUAAACCCAUGCUAUACAGUUUCCAGACAUCGUUACCACGAUUGCCAGUUCCAGCUGUUAAAGACACAGUUAAUAGGUAUCUGGAGUCAGUUCGACCACUUAUGGAUGAUGAAAAGUUCAAAAGAAUGGAGGGUCUUGCCAAAGAUUUUGCUUUUAAUUUGGGACCAAGGCUUCAGUGGUAUUUGAAGCUAAAAUCCUGGUGGGCCACCAAUUAUGUUAGUGAUUGGUGGGAAGAAUACAUCUACCUUAGAGGACGUGGACCAAUCAUGGUUAAUAGCAACUAUUUUGCAAUGGACUUCCUUUCUUUAUGUCCCACAACCCUGCAGGCAGCUAGAGCUGGUAAUGUUAUCCAUGCCAUCCUGCUCUAUCGGAAAAAACUGGACAGACAAGAAAUCAAGCCAAUUCUUUUGAUGGGAUCCACUGUUCCACUCUGCUCAGCUCAGUGGGAAAGGAUGUUUAACACUUCCCGUAUCCCGGGAGAGGAAUCAGAUACCCUCCAGCAUGUGAAAGACAGCAAGCACAUUGUUGUGUACCACAAGGGCCGUUACUUCAAAGUGUGGCUGUACCAUGAUGGCAGACUGUUGAGACCCCGAGAAAUUGAACAGCAAAUACAGAGAAUUCUUGAGGAUGAUUCAGAACCUCAGCCUGGUGAAGAGAAACUUGCAGCUCUUACUGCAGGAGAUAGAGUACCAUGGGCUAAGGCUCGUCAGGCUUAUUUUAGCCGUGGAAAGAACAAGCAGUCCUUAGAUGCUAUUGAGAAAGCAGCAUUUUUUGUGACAUUGGAUGACAUGGAGCAGGGGUACAGGAAGGAGGACCCAGUGAAGUCACUGGAUGCAUAUGCAAAAUCAUUGAUACAUGGCAAAUGUUAUGACAGGUGGUUUGAUAAGUCAUUCACUCUUAUAAUAUUCAAAAAUGGCAGAAUGGGUCUGAAUGCAGAGCACUCCUGGGCAGAUGCUCCUAUUGUUGGACACCUGUGGGAGAAUGUGAUGGCAACUGAGUAUCUUGAACUGUGCUAUUCAGUAGAUGGACAUUGCAGAGGAGAUCCCAAUCCCAAUAUUCCCAUUCCUACCAAACUGCAAUGGGAAAUUCCAGAAGAAUGCCAAGAAGUGAUUGAGAAGUCUCUGAGCACUGCUGUAGCUCUAGCAGAUGAUGUGGACUUCUGUUCAUUUUGUUUUGAUGGUUUUGGGAAAGGACUAAUAAAGAAAGUGAAAACCAGCCCUGAUGCCUUUGUGCAGCUUGCCCUGCAGCUCGCUCACUACCGGGAUAUGGGAAAGUUUUCUCUAACAUAUGAAGCAUCCAUGACACGCCUGUUCCGAGAGGGCAGGACCGAAACGGUUCGCUCGUGCACGGUGGAGUCCUGUCGUUUUGUCAGAGCCAUGGAAGACCCCACUGAAAGUAGGGAAAAUACGCUGAAGCUUUUCCGGCAGGCAGCUGACAAGCACCAGCACUUGUACCGCCUCGCCAUGACAGGGGCAGGCAUCGACCGCCACCUCUUCUGCCUCUACGUCGUGUCCAAGUACCUCGCUGUAGAUUCUCCUUUCCUCAAGGAAGUUUUGUCAGAGCCUUGGAGGCUGUCAACGAGUCAGACACCCCAGCAGUACAUUGAUCUGAAGAAGAACCCGGAGAUGCUGUCCUCUGGUGGAGGGUUUGGACCAGUGGCUGAUGAUGGCUAUGGUGUUUCUUACAUGAUCUUGGGUGAAGAUUUCAUCCAUUUCCAUGUCUCCAGCAAAAUAUCUUGUUCAGAGACGGAUUCUCAUCGCUUUGGAAUGAACAUCAAGAAAGCACUGGUUGACAUCAUGGCUUUAUUUAACCUCAGUAAAAACUGUACCAAGUGAUCUGCUUGCUUGAUGCCAAGCAAUCUCCUCUUGGUGGGAUGAGGACUCUGCUGCACAGUGAACAAGAGCAAGGUUUGUUGAAGAGUAGCUGGAGAAGAAACUGAGUCAGCACCUUCUUGAUCACCUAUUAAAACCUUAGCAGUAUAUUAAAUGUGUCUUUUUUGUUGUGGUUUGUUUUGGGGUUUUUUUUUGUCAGUAGUGUGGGAGAGCUUAUUUCAACAAAGGAUGACUUCUAAAAUCUUUUUCUAGGGAGGAAGCAUAGUAUCAAUGCAUGAAGUCAUGUAUAUUCUAACUUCUGCAGUUUUCUCUUAAUUUGUAUAUGCUUUAUCUUUUUUUUUUUUAACUUUAAAUUAGUUUACUUGUUUCCAGAAUCAAAGGGAUAAAACACACCGACUUAAAUACUAGAAAAGGUUAGAUUCGCUAUGUAUUAAUAGCAGAAUGUUCUUCAAUGUAUCUGCUGCUUUAUGUAAAUGAGUGACAAAACUUGUGGCCAUUUGCCUCCCUUGGUUUCUUUUUAGAGGUAAAUUCUGUAAAACAUACCAAAAAAUCCCUGCUGUAACCACCUUAACACACUAAGUUGUAGAAGUGUUACGGUUUCUGAAAAGCAAAAAAAAAAAAAAAACAGAGACCCAGCUAUUGGAUAGUACAAUGUGUCCCCUCAUUAGCAGGUAUCACAUUUUUCUUACUGCUUGCAAGCCUGUUUGUGACACUGAUUUUAUUUCUGUAUAAAUAAAUGGACCUGUGUACUUGUUCAUGCAAGUGCCUUAGAAAAACAAAGAUCCUUAGGCCAGGAAAAAGGCUUAUGCUGGGAGUUGUUUCAGUGGUGAAAGAGGGAAGGUUGUAGUAAUGCAGAUCUGGUUUUCAAAUUACAAAUUAGGAUGGAGUGGCAUAAGCAGAUGUGAAUAUGUUGCCAAAUGGUGCAGUCAGGUUUAAAAUUCUAACGAAAUGCUUCUGUCUCAGAUAGCAAAGGUGGGUCCUUAGGAAGGGCAGGACUAACUUUGUUUGGGAUUAACAGAUAUUCAUGUGUUUGUUUUGGUGAGUGGAAUUGGUGGUCACUCGGGUUUCUGGGCCCUGGGAAGUGUUAAUUGAGUUGAAUGUAACCUGUUGGAAAGUCUGCAAAGCAGGGCUGCC